AUGAACACCAAUUUACUUUAUAUCCCGCUAAGACAAUCACUUCCGAUUGAUCUAGGUCAGGAAUUGGGUGAUGUCAUCAAUCGUGAUUAUUUCCAACCUCUGUCCACAUUCCAAUCUGAUUUGUCGUUGAUUGCUAAUUUACGCAACACCAUUUCUAACAUCAAGAAUGAACAAGUUACCAAGCAGGAUGAACAGGCAUUGUUGAAGUUCCUUGCGUAUCUUCAAAUCAUCAAACAGAAAUUCUCGGAUGAUUGCAUUGAAUUUGGGUGGUUGGGCAGUUUAGCCUAUGGCCCGUUCAAAUCAAGAUCUUUGGUCAUUGAAGAAAUGAGUAUACUCUUCCAAUUGGGCAGUGUGUACUCUCAAUUUGGAUUAAAAGAACUGAGACAUACCGAUACAGGUUUAAAAAAUGCAUGCUCGUAUUUUCAAUUGGCUGCAGGUUGUUUCAAAUCUAUAUCCGCUUUAGCUGAGUCAACCAAGAAUAUCCCACCGGAAUUCCACAAGGACACAAUGGGAUGUUUGACGUAUAUGAUGUUGGCCCAAGCACAAGAAACGAUCUGGCAGAAGGCAUUGGGAAAUUCUACCAUGAAGGAUUCUGUGAUUUCCAAACUAUCAUUUCAAACAUCAGAGUAUUAUUCUCAAGCUUUGAGUUUAGGUAAUUCUUCUGAUUAUAUAAAAUUAGAAUGGAUAAACCACUUGGCUGUUAAGAAGUUUCAUUUUCAAGCAGCUGCGUAUUUUCGAAAGGCAAAUAUUGCUCAGGAUUCGUUCAAUUAUGGCGAACAAGUUGCUUACUUGAGAUUAGCCAGUAAAUCCUUGGAUAGUGGGGCCAAGUACAAACGGUAUGUGAGCCAAUUGGUUCUAGAUGACUUUCAAGGUUUGUACGAUACUAUUAAAUCUGUAUUGAAAAGUGCAGAACGGGAUAAUGACUUGAUCUAUCUCAAGGUUGUUCCGGGAGAACAAGAUUUACCUCCAUUGAUUGGUGUUUCCAUGGUAAAUCCGGGGCAACCUCAAAAUAUAACCAUUGAAAAUCCAUUUCUUAAAGACCUCCUUCCAUAUAUAAUCAUACAUGUUGCCCAAGCAUUUAGGGAAAGACAAGAUGAUUUCAUCCGAGAACGAUUUUAUGAUCCAAUUCAAGCAUUGAACACGAUGUUUGCCAAAUACAUUUCCGAUCGAGGAUUACCGGCAUCUAUUGACUCAGUCCAACAAUCGGAAAAUAUACCUGAUUCAAUUAUACACCAUUCUCGAGAGUUUGCUAAUAUGGGUGGGACUAGCUCAAUUGAAGAUUCCUUGUCUAAAAUUGGGGGAUUGCGACAAGACUGUAUGCAUAUUGUCCAAGAAUGUGAGAAGAGAAUUACUCUUGAUGACGAACUUCUAGGUAACAAGACUCAACCACCACAGGAAUUACUUGCUAAGAUUGAUAAAAUGAAACAAUACCUUGUCCAAGCCAAAACCGGGGAUGAUGUAGUUUUAAAUAAGUUUCUUGGUGUCAAGCCAUACUUGGAAAUAUACACUAAGGGAUAUGACGGGUUGAUUUCAUUCAUACCAAACACAAGCUAUACAAAAUUGGAUGAAGACUUGAUAGCGGUUAUAUCAGACUUGCGAAAGAUUCUUUUUGAAAUUGAUAAUGUUCGUAAGAAACGAACGGAGUUUUUGGAAGCUAUCGAGAUAAAGUCAAGAGAUAACAACAUUCUUCCAAGAUUAAUUGACGAGUACAAGACAAAUUAUAACUUGUAUGAAAGUGAAAAUUUAAAAGAGCUUGCUUUUGAGCCAGUUUAUGAACAACACAUUCAGAUGUUUGCUGAGGAUGUUAAAUUUGUUGAAUCUCUGAAGGAGUUGCAAAUACGAUUAGAACAGGAGUUGGACGUUCUAAAUAAUAGGUUUCACCAAGAGGCAAACUUGCACCAGAGCAGUUCACAAUCAAAGAGACAAGAGGCGUUGCAAUCAUUGGAGACUGCAUAUUCGAUGUAUUUGGAAAUCGUUGGUAAUUUGAAUGAAGGAAGUAAAUUUUAUACUGACUUUAUUACCAAAUCCAAUGUCGUGCUUAAAGAAUGCGAAGAUUAUUUAUAUAGAAAGCGAAUUGAGAUUCGUGAUGAACAGCAGCAGCACAACCACACUCCUGUUACGGCUCCAGCUGAUGUAAUAUCACCGAAAACAACCAAGGCAGUUUGGAACCCUCAAUCGGGAAUAAAGUUCAGCUAA